CUGCAUUAAAUGCAGCAACGACCUCGACGCGAAGAGUGCCAGAGCCUAUGUUGGAGUUAAGUGGACUUUAAUGAUUUAUAUCCGCAGAUUAUCCAAAAAUAGUCAAGGGCAUCUUUCCAGCCAUUCACAAACUGUGCUGGGCUGCAGCCAUGGCUCGGUUCGAAGUGAAACGAUAAUUGAUAACCAUAGCACUGACGUCUUAACUUUCUUGUAUUAUCAUUGCACCAUUGACAUAUCGGAUCGGCGAGUCAUGCUGGCUUACACUACUUUCCCGUGGCUCGCGUAACUACUUGUCCGAGUUCCAAGCAUAUCCGACUGCAGGCACCUCCUUGAUACCUGACACCCGGAAAAUGGCGUCAAUCCAUACCCCGCAGGAAUUGCGUGACAAAAGACGGAUAUUCGGCAUGGUGAGCAGAGUAUAUAUGGGUGCAGGGUUCUGUGCAGGAUGCAUUCUGGAAAUCACCAC